AUGUCCAUCCAGCCCAGCGGCGCCGGAGUUGAUAAGGUCCGCUCCGAACGACCGCGCGACGCCGCCGUCGACUGCCUGUCCAUCCGCUGCCCUGCAUUGUCACCACCUUGCUUGCCCGGGCGUGCUGACACCCCAAUGCAGGAUUCAUUGUGCUGCUCCCGGCGCUCGCCCGACGGAGACGCCACCCCACAGCCCAACAUGUCCGGCAAGCAGCGGAGAGUCUACAAGUGCAGCACAUGCGCCAGGGUGUUCAAGAGGAGCGAGCACUGCUCGCGCCACGAGCGCAUCCAUACCCGUGAGCGCCCCUUUGCCUGCCAGUACUGCCACAAAAAGUAUGCCCGCAAGGACCUGGUCACCCGCCACGAAAAGACAUUGCACUCCGAAAAGAGGAGGCAGUCCGUUGCCACCGCCAUCCCGGAUUCCCCUGCUUCGCGGACCUCGUCAGAGUCGACAGAGACCAUCAAUGUGUCCAUUCCGAGCAAUGACUCCUCCCAGCCCGAUCUCACCCAGCAUUUCGAGCCUGAGAGCGAAGCCCGCCAGCAGCCCGCUCGACCCGACAGGUUCGCGCCUGUGGCCACCUCAGCAGAGCUCUCUCCGCAUCAACUAGCCGUUACGGACGCCCGUCGGAGUUCCCAGAUCUUUGUUCCUGCCGACGUCAUGUCGCCAUCGUUUGCCUUUGGUAACGCGGUCGAGGCUCUCUAUCCGAGCCCGCAGAGCUGUCCAGAGCAGGCAUCAGGCAGCCUGCAGCCAUGGGGCGAGCCAAUCAUGGCUCUCCAGGAAGUACAAAUGCAACCCCCUUUCAUGCCAAUCGACCCGCAACUCUGUGACCCGCAACAGCCGCUGGAUCUCGAUAUGAUGAGUCCAAAGCAUAGCCGGAGCUCCCAGGCGGCGGUGCCAAGCAUUGAGUCCAGAAACGACUCAAUGGAUGCCGCCAAAGAUGCCCUGAGUCCGCCACCCAAACGCCGAAGAGUGACGGUCCACGGAAAUGCCAACAUCGACAACCGUGGUGCUUCGCAGCACGACUGGCACCAUGAGCUCGAUUCAACGUCGAUUGACAUUUUUCGGGACUUCUGGUCGCCUCCAGAGCCGCCAUCGGACAUGGCGCAGAAUAACAUGGACUCCUUGAUCUCUCCGGACAGCCUGGAAUUCUCAAUUCCGAUUGAUCCCUUUCUGAUGAGCGCUCACGACUCCUCUGCUCAUCCGAGCACGUCUUUGUUCGACUCUAGUUUUUCCUUCAAAGAUCCGUUGCCGAACCUCGGCGCCGUUAAUCGGAAAACAUCUGUUGGGAGAUCCAACGAGAACGCCUGUGAGUCACCAAAGCUGGUGGUGGAUGCCGGCGUUUACUCGAGCAUCUACACGGACCUUCAGGCCCGGACAAGAAAAGAGGACUGGGAUGGGAGCAAGCUUCCCAACGCUAAAGAGUUGCAGAAGUUCAUCGAGGGCUACAUCAACUGCUUCCACCGUCAUUUUCCAGUCGUCCACUUCCCCUCUAUGAAGCUGGAGUCGACACCAAGCCCACUUCUCCUAGCAAUUUGCUGUAUUGGGGCACUGUACCGCCUAGACAGACGACGCGCAGCCAUACUGCAUGAGAUUGCCAGUCCGCUACUGCAUUCUGCCAUAUCCACAUGCCGCAAAGUGAACUCUUCUUCACCAGCACCUUUGUGGGCAGUGCAAGGGAGCUUGCUCCUUGCCGUGUAUUCCGUGUUCAGUGGGAGGGCCGCUCUCGUCCUCUCCAGCAUAGAAAGGAGUGGCUUCUUCGUUGCGGAAUACCGCCUCCGACGGACGCAUUCAACGGCGGAUCCCGACAGAGAGAGCGCCAUGUGGGAGGACUGGGUCAGCGAGGAAUCCAGCAAGCGAGUCCUCUGCGGGAUUCUUAUCCUGAGCAAUCUCAUCUCCGUGGCUUAUGGUACAAGCCCUUGGUUCUCAGUCGGCGAGGACCUUCAAGUGGAGCUUCCAGCGAGGGACGAUCUCUGGGAUACGAAAACAGCCGGGCAGUGGGCGGAGAGGAGGAAGGAAAUGCAAGAAGAGCCACUCAAGACAGUGCAGGAAGCAAUGUCGGAUGCCCUGUCGCAGACCCAAUCGCAGGAUUCGCCAGAGGAAGAGCAGCCAGCAUAUUCGACAGGUUUCGCAGGCCUCGUCGUCGCGCAUGCCGCAAACAUCCACGUCUGGCACAUCUCGCAGAUCUCCCAAAGUCUCGGCGGCAGCAGCAGCAGCAGCAGCAGCAAAUCCGCCGUCCCCAGAAGCAGCCCUCACUCCCUCCUUCUCGCGGACGCGGCAUCUUCCAUCGAAAAGUGCCAGCGCGCGGCCGUCAACCACAGCCGCAACAACACCAACAACAACAAAAACAACAAGAACAACGGCGACGGCGACAACGGCGACGACGACGACGACGACUGCACCGAGGACUACCAACACCCGCACCACGCCGCCCCUCAACGAACCCGGUCCCCCUCUUCCUCGUCGCUCCUCUCCAACACCAACGCCCUCCUCCGCAUCGCCGGCACGCGCCUCUCGGCCGCCGGCGCCGGCGCGCCCGCCUUCGACCGCGCGGUCCUCGCCUCGGACAGCGACGCCGUCGUCUCCGCCGCCGUGGAAGCGUACCUGCGCGCGCCGCUGGAAGUAGGAGCAGCAGCAGCAGCAGCAGCAGCAUCGUCAUCAUCGUCAUCCUUUGCCAUCAAAGGCGCCAGACACGCGUGCGACGGCUUCACCCUCCCUGCGAAGGUGGGCUGCCCCCCGCUGCUGGUGCGCAAGACGGCGGCGUUUGGCUGGAGCGUCGAGCACGCGGUGGCGUGGUGGGACGCCGGCUUGUUUUUGACGAAGUGGGUGCACGGGGUCGAGGUUGGGCGGGUGCGGCUGCGGCAGGGGCUGCGGCAGGGGGGAGGAAAGGGCGUUGAGGGGCGGCAACAGCAACAGCAGCAGCAGCAGCAGCAGCAGCAGAGGCGGGGGCUGAGGAGGGGUGGUGGUGGUGGUGCGACGGCGUUGGUGGACAAUGGUGGUGAAGAGGAAGAAGGGGUCGAGGGUGAGGCGGUGAAGGCGAUUCUGAAGGAUGUGGAGCAUUUCUUGGGGGAGAUGGAGGUCGAGUUUGAUGGUGCUGCUGCUGCUGCUGCUGCUGCCGGGGCGGAUGGGAGGAGUGGUGGGAGCCUCGCGGCGGCGGUGGCGAGGACUUGUGCGGGGUUUUUGUCGGAUACGUGGGUUUGGGGUGUGACGCCGCGGAUGGGGUCUGUGCUGAUGAAGUUGGCUGAUGCGUAUGAGCGCGACUUUCAGGAUGCGGUGGUGGCCAUGAAGAGCUGA